AGUUAGCGGGGGAGUGACUCGUCCUCGCACCGCCCACCUAUAAUCUCUCUCGGAUCUGACCCCCGACCCCCAGGAGCAGGGGGGGAGCAGCAGCAGCCGUGAGGCAAGAAGAAUGAGGCGAGAGAGCAGCGAGAGACAUCAGAGCACGGACGAGCGGCAGCCGGAUGUUACUCGAGUUGGGUUGAGCUGAGGUGAGGCGAGAGCCGAGAGAUGGGGUUCCUGAUGGAACGAAGACGACAGUGCAGUGGGCAGUGGGCAGCGAGGGGUGCUGCUGCCGAGUGGUGAGAUACAGACAGAGAGAGAAGCGGGGGGGCCGGGGACUCGGGGCUCUCGGGGCUGGGCAGUGGGAGGAGCAGACAGAAGAGAGAGAAGACAAACGGGGAGGGAGUGAGGAGGAAGAGGAGGAGAGGAGAGGAGGAGGAGGAGUGGGAGGGGAGUCGAGAUCUGAAGUGAAGGAAGGGGCUCUGGGGCGUGAGAGGGGGGGUAUUUUUGAAGGCUGCGAGCGAGAAAAAAAGUCGAGCAAAAACCAGGAGGGGGCUGGGCUCUCGGGGGACGGAUGAAAGGUGGGAGGUGAUGAGAAGAAGGGGAGAGGAGGAAAGAGGGAGGGGAGAGAAAAAGGAAAAAGGAGAAUCGGGAGGGGGAGCCGGAGGGAGUGGGAGUGGCAGUGGUGCGGGUGGUGCCGGCGGGGAGGACGAGGAAGGCAGCGAAAAACUAAGGCAAUUGCUGCUACUAUCGCCGCCGCUGCUGCUGCUGCUGCGGAGGAUGGAUGGAUGAUGGCAUGGUGGCAGAACGCAAGAGUUCAGCUGCCGCUGCUAGUUAGCGCUCGUGCAGUUUUAUCGCCUCGUGAAACGGCACGUCAGCGCACGAUACUCACUGGAUCUGAACUGUAGGCUGCACGUUUUCUCAGGCUCGAUCUCAAGGUCCGAGCCGUCUCCCCAGAGAGCGAGAGUCCGGAGUGAACCGUCCAGUUUUCGUGUGCGGUGCGAGGCCGCAACCGCAAGCCUUGGCGAGCCUUGCCUUGGGCCUUGGGCAUUGGGCGUUGGGCACCCGGACGCCAAGUGCGGGUCGUUUCCUUUGGUGGGGGCAGAGGCUGGACGCUCCAUCGAGGCAUGGAGCUGCAGGUCUGGGGGCCGCAUAUGACGAGCAUUGGCUAGACAAGCGCUUUUCUAUGUACAUAAUUCUUCUGUUCCGGGUUUCUGUAAUUUUUUAUUCUCCGCAUUUUUGUUUCUUCCCCUUUCUUUUGUGAGAGCGGCAGUUUGUAGGACGAUCGUCGGCUCGCCCGCCCGCCCGCCCACUCGCUCGCCUGCCAGCAAUCAAUCGACCAACAGUGUUGCCCCUGCCCUCCCUGAGCCCAGACGUAUGCAUCUCACAUUUUCCUAGGGCCGAACGCUCGAAGGAGGAGACGACGACGGAGACGACGAAGAAUAGAGGCAGGGAGAAUGUUGACCUCGAUUGAUCAGAUCAAUCAAUUCCGAAUGCCACGGUGUCCGUGAGGGGCCGAAACAACCCGGGACCUAAUUCGCUGCUGCAAUUCCUCGCGCCGAGGAGUAGAAUGUGCGAUUAUGUAGGAUGUGCCGACUAGUCGAUCUUCUCGCUUGAGACUCCCCGGACCGAGCCCUUCUCUUCGUCGGUCUGUCCCACCCUUGGGCAGAGUGGGGCGAGUCGAGACCCCGCGAGGCAGAGGCCAAGGGAAAGAGGCAGGCAGGGACGCAGGGAGUGCGGCACGCACGCUCACGCACGCACACAGGCAGCAGGCAGGCAGGAAGAAGCCCAAAGCCCAAGCUCAGAGAGCGAGAGUGCCCGAGGGGAAGUGAGGGAGAGGGAGAGGGAGAGGGAGAGAGAGUGACGAACAGGGAGGGGAGGGCAGGAGGAGGAGGAGGAAGAGUGAGAUCACCGGCACAGUGAGAGACAGACAUAAAGGCAGAUUCCAGAGCGGAGGCAGGAGGAGGAGGAGGAGGGGGAGGAGGAGGUCGGACCGAUGAUGCUGGCCAGCAGCACCAGCGUGAGCAUUGCCAUGUCAAGUGGCAACAGGCCGCAACGCUUCAAAUUGUCGUUGCCAUUUCUGCACAAGAAGAAGAAGAGGCAGAAUUUACUGCACGACAAUCCUGUGGCUGGAGAAGACCCCGUAGAUGAUAGCGAGCUUCGGGAGCCAGGUUUGGGGGAUGCGUUGCAAGAUAUCGCCGAGGAAAAUGAGGAGCACCUGCACCAGCACCAGCACCAUCCCCAAGCCCACCCCCAUCUACAGCAGCCUCACCAUCAUCAGCAUCAGCAUCAACAUCAACACCAACACCAUCGAGACUCCCGCAAUGGGCGCACUCUGCACGGCGCGGACGAGGACGGGCCGGACCACGACGGGGCGACCCCGGCCGAGGACAACGACGAUGAGAAUUUGACGGUAGCGCUGGUGCCCAAGUACCUCCCGCCCAUCCAGCUGCAGAACAUCAAAAGCCCCGUGACCUUCAGAACGUAUGACAUCGGCUUCCCUCCCUCGGCCUCGUCCCCGCCCAGGCGCAAGAGCAAGACCUCGUCCCCGCGCGGAUUCGAGCACGCGAGCACGUCGGGCGCCCUGUCGGCUCCCCACAUGACCACGGGCGUGGGCUGCAAGAGCUGGCUCAAGACCAGGUGCGGCUACGGCAGCUGCUCCAAGCAGAUAGACUCGGAGAAGAGCCUGCACAGGGCCGAGAGGCAGGGCCGCAGCGAGAGGGGCUCGGCGCAUGGGCACGGCCACAGCAGGAGGCGCAGCGGCUCGCGGGGCAAGUCGGCGGAUCCGAGCUCGUGGGAGCGCGAGAGCGAAUGGAGCGUGCUGGCCGAGGUGGAGAACGAGGUGGUGAAGAAGCGCGUGAUUCUGAAGAAGAAGAAUCGCGGGCACAAGAAGUCGAGCAAGCUCGCGCCCUCGCCCGGAUUCUCGCCCACGCAGUGCGUGCGCGGCAGCGCGCCCGACAGCAAAUGCUCGCUGCGCGAUCCCUUCGAGGAGGUGCGCGAGGCCGCGCGCUACGACAGCCCCGCGCAGAGGCCCGAUCACCAUCUGCGCGCCGUGGAGCUGGACUGCAGCGGCGGCAGCCAUCUGCUCACCACCUCGACGGACGUCGAGGCCAAUUCGCACGAGGAGCGCAUCCGGCCCUGGGAGCGCUCCUUCUCGUCGCCCUCGAGCGACGACGAGCUCUUCACCACUUCGUUCGAGGUCGAGGGCAGCGCAGGUGCUGGCGCUGGCGCCGGCCCGGGCCCGGGCCUGCCCCGCAAGAAGAAGUGGACCUCGAACUCGAGCGAUGAGGCCGACGGCCGGCCUCGGCGCUCGGCCUCGCUCGCGCUCGCGCGAUCCAAGAGCACCUGGUCGCGCGACAGCUCGAGGACGGUGGUGGAGGAGGAGGAGGAGGAGGUGGUGGAAAUCCAGAAAUCCAGGGCCAAGAAAGGGGGAUCCCGCAUCAUCUUCCUGUCCACUCCGCCGCGGCCCAAAGAGCUGGGCAUCGACGAGGACGACGAGCAGCAGCAGCUGCAGCCGCAGCCGCAGCCCGGGCCCGGGUCCGUGGUCAAAUGCUCGAGCGAUCGGUUCGGGGACUACUGCAAAUUGGAAUCGGUGACCAAGGAGCCGCGCUUCGACAAAUCGUUCGCCGCGACGACGGGCGGGGGCGGUGCCUUCAAGGCCAGCGUGCCCCCGACGGUGUUCGAGGGCGAUUUGGAGGCGAACGCCAAGGCGUGGUCGAAGAUCGAUCUGCGGGCAAUUCGCGGCGGGGCAGGGGAUCCCAACGACGCCGGCAUCCGGGAGCUGCCGAUGGUGUCGAGGACCAAGGAGCCGCGGCACAUCGACGUGCACAUCGAGGACCAGAUUUGCAAUCUUAGGCUAGAGAGUGAUGUGUCGGACAGUUCGCAGGGCAAGUCCUACAGCUCGCGCGGCUCCAGGCGGCACGCCAAGGCGCUGCCGACGAGCAAAUCGUCGCUGGAUCCGGACAAGCCGUCGAAGAAGAAGCGCGGCGCCAACAGCCGCAGGCGGAAGGGGCGGCGCAGCAAGGCGCCUCCGCCGCUGCUGCCCAACGAUCUGCACGGCAAGGUGAAGGAGAGCGUGGCGGUGGUGAAAUCGUCCUACGACCCGUACACGGACUUCCGGGAUUCCAUGGUCGAGAUGAUCGUGGAGAAGGAGAUUCAGGGCGCCGGCGACCUCGAGGAGCUGCUCAGGUGUUAUCUGUCGCUCAAUUCCGCCGAGUACCACUCGGUCAUCGUCAAGGUGUUCGCCGACGUGUGGCGCGAGCUCUUCUCGGACAACCUCUGAAGAGCCCGUCGUCGUGCUUCGCGAUGAGUGACCGAACGAAUCCAAUCAAAUGACUGCAAUGCACUGGAAUGAACUGAAAUGCCACCGACCGAGCGAAUCGACUGCGCCCCUGCGCUUACAUUAUUAUUCUGCCUGGCCCGCGAGCACAGGUGAGGCGAAAGGGAAAGCGAAAGCGAAGUGAAUUGUGAGCUGCCGUGUACGACCCACCGAGCCGAGCAUCAGUGUCCACGACCAUGGAGAGAGACAGACAGUCGCUGCCCAUAGCCAGCCCACACGAUGACGGUCUUCGACAAAUGGCUAGGCAGAGAGAGAGAGACAGAGAGGAGAGACAGAGAGAGACAGAGAUUUUGAGCUCGCGAGCUGCUUCCUUCCGAUUCGGUGGACUCGGGACGGCCCGAAUAGCGGUGAAAGACUCUGAGCCAUGGCCACCCGCUCCCGCACCAGCACCCGCUCUCGGCUGGCGGCUUCGGCAUCGACUACGACAACCAUGUGCUCUGUCGGCGAUUCUCGCGAGACCUGUACGAUAGUUUGGGCGGAUCUGCACGAUUGAGGCGGAUCCGCUGUAUAGAAGAAGAGCAACGAGGCAUGAAUGACAUGCAUCGUCACAGAACGUCCCCGACCGACGUCACCGAGCCAUUGGCCCGGCGCCGGUGGAGCGAGCGAGCGAGGGAGCGAGCCAGCGAUCGAUGAUUUUUCGUGCACAAUCCGUCGAGUCAAUGAACCGGGUCUAUGAUGUCGGGGAUGGAGAUAGAGAGUCAUCCUGUCUUCCGUUUUCGUGUAAGUGAACUGUGCACACACACACACAGAGAUAGAUACAGAGACAUCUGCAAAUCGAAUGCUUUCGUCUUAUCUUCUUCUUCUUCCUCUUGUUCGACGAAGGAAGGACGGUCGCUCAGCCAGCCAGCCAGCGAAUUGCACCUCUUGGAAUUGCGGCGAUAUUCAGCAUUCGUCACGACGGGUCCCGAGGCAGACCGACCAACCGAUCGAUCCUCACUUCCGACAGCGACCCUUUGGUUGAGUACAUUCGAAUACAUGCGUACAGCUAGACGAGUUUGUAGUAGAGUAGCAUGCUUUUAUACCCGAGAGAUUCAAACUCAAUCGGGCCUGGUCCAGAUUCAAUGUCAUACCCAUCCUCGGCCAGGCCUGACGUGUGAUGACGAACGAUAACCUUACGAUGAUAGUGCGUACGCACGCAGCCUUCUUUAGUUCUUUACGGUGGAGUUUCUUUCCAACAUUGGCUCCAGCUUGAAUGGUCUGUCCUCCACAGUUCACAUUAUACUAAAAUCCACACACACAAACACACACUCCUUAGCAACGACACCAGCUCUCGACUCCGACGAUUCCUUAGAAGAAUACUCCUGAUUUGACAUCUUCAUGUGAUUAAAGCUACUGGUAAUAAACUUCCUCCUCGCUCACUCUGGGCUUCGACUCUC